UCUAUCAGUGUGCAGCACAGUAGCCUACGAGAUUUUGAGGGCAGAGCGUGGAGGGAGAAGGAUGCAACCAACCUAAUGCCGUAUUAUGAACAGGAGAAAAGACCUAUCGGGAAGCUGGCUUUGUCCAGAAGGAGUUUAUCAAGGUGCAAUAUUUUAAAUGCGCCAAUGUUUACUGACUCUUUGUCAUUAUUGAAGUUUGCCUGAAGAAGUUUGAUUUGAUUUUCUUUCAGGAUUGUGCCAUAGCGACAUCUUUGUAAGCUAGGCUACGCUAAGACGCAGAAAAAAAGAACAUAAUGAAGACAACUGUAAAUGCCUUAAGGUUAAAUAUUCAAGUGCUGCUUACACGAGCACGAGGAAAAGCGACGAUGAUCAACUUGGGUCAGUGAAUGCUGCCUUUUAUAGCUUAUACAGACCAGUCCAAUUCUGCAGCCUAUGCUUGUGCAGUGACACUGGCGCGAGCAAGUCAGUGCAUUGCAAGGUAGGCUAUGCCACUUUGCGAAUCAAGAUAAACUCCCGCGGUGUAAAAAUGAUUAUCCCCAAGUGUUCAGCCAUUCACUCCGAUAACACCGACAAUCAGCGCAUUCUUUGAUUGUCCGAAUCUGUCAUAUUUUGGAGAGGGAUGGACAGUGCUUAUCAUCGCUCAGUUGCGUCCGUUAUUGCUGGACGCGUUUCAAACCAGAAAGCUGCAUGUGGCCACUAAUGCACUUCAAACUCAAGAGUGGUUGACACAUUGUAUCUACACAUUCCAACUCCUGUUGAUUCUCUCUGAUACAUUUUGAUACGUUUUACCUGUGGUUCCCGAAGUCACGCCACAGUUGUGCGUUCCAAGGGAUUUAGUGAACUUUGUUCGUGGUCUCCUAGCGAUUCUUCGUCUGAAUCGAUUCCUUUCUUUUUCGGGGAAUAAAAUGGCAGGAGAGACCCGAGGAACGGGGAUGGCUUUCGCGCAUUGGGACGGCUUGGGGAUUAUUUUUAUUUUACUUGUGGACUUACUUGGAACAGCUGCAAGUAACAUGGAACCUAUUUACUGGAAUACACUGAACAAUAGGUUUCGGGAUGACAGGGGCUACGUGUUGUACCCUCAGAUCGGGGAUCGUCUGGACCUGAUCUGCCCGGCCUCUAACCCCCCAAGCCCCCGCUCUCCCGCCGAGUACGAGUACUACAAGCUGUACCUGGUGUCCACGCGGGAGCAGGCUGACCGCUGUGAAGUCAUGGGUAACCCCAACCUUCUGCUCACUUGUGAUAAGCCCAACAGUGACAUGCGCUUCACCAUCAAGUUUCAGGAGUACUCCCCCAACCUGUGGGGCCACGAGUUCCAGACCCUGCAGGACUACUACAUCAUAGCUACAUCUGACGGGACGAAGAUGGGGCUGGACAGCAUGAGGGGAGGCGUGUGUGUGACGCGAGGGAUGAAGGUGGUCCUCAAAGUGGGACAGACUGCUUAUGGGCUCCCAGCCAAACCCAAACCAGACCCGAACCGCUUCAACCCCAGAGGAAACAGUACCGCGCCCGCUUCUGGCAGCGAGGGCGGGGGGGACAACCCUGUCCCCUCUAAUGUGGCCGUGAUCGCUGGGGCGGCGGGGGGCGGCGCCUUCCUCCUCAUCGCAGCAGCUGUCGUCUCUGUGCUGUGUUACCGCUGGCGACAGAGCAAGCACUCGGAGAGCCACCACCCCACCAUGACCCUGUCCACCCUCACCCCCAAGAGGGCCGGCGGCGGCCAGGCCGGCUCCUCCGGCGGAGGCAACAGCGGCUCGGAGCCCAGCGACAUCAUCAUCCCUCUGCGGACUUCAGACUCGGCCUACUGCCCGCACUACGAGAAGGUGAGCGGGGACUACGGCCAUCCGGUCUACAUCGUCCAGGAGAUGCCCCCCCAGAGCCCAGCCAACAUCUACUACAAAGUAUGAGGGCGGGACCUCCACGGAGCCCGGCCGGCUUAGACACACAGGAGGAGCAACGGACAGACUCCUGUUUUCGACUUCAAAACCCAACCGUCCCCUCUAUCUCCCUUACUCCGCCUCCUUCUUUUGGUAACAAACUGUCUGGAACGCCCCCACCCCCCCACCCCCCAAGCCCCGAGGGCUGUGCUGUACAGUGCCCUGACACUGGAUGGACGGAGGGGUGGUUGUGUGUGGGCGGGGCCUUUGGACCAGUUCCUGGCUCUGAAGGCUGUGAUGAAAGCCACAAUACCCUAUGAGCGUGAGGGCUGCUGAGCAGUGGCGGCAGCUCGGUACUGCCUCUUGCUCAGAGUGAGGGCUGACACUGGAUAUUAAAUGUCAAGCCUCCUCAAAGUGAAAGCGUUUGUCUUGUGAUGGAACGGGUUUGUGCACGGCUACACCUAAGCGCUACGCUGGCUUGUGCGUGGUGUGUCAGUCUUAACCCUGUAAGACCCGAGCAUUGAUCCAGACGAGAAGAAACGUUUGCCUUUAGAAAUGGGCCGUUGGGUUUUGCUGGUAGGAAAAGAUUUUGUGUGAAAUUCUUAUCGGUUCAAGUCAUGUCAAAAUGGAUUUCAAACAAAAUGUGUAAUGGUACAUUUAAAAUUCUAAAGUAAUUUUGUCUGAAAUAGCUUAAUUGAUCAACUUAACAUGUCCACAUUAAAGUAUGUUUUCAUUAAAACAUAUCUGAAAGGGUCAACUACUUUGUGGGUUUUCUAUGUAUGGAAAAUAUCUGACUUUGUUGUCUUUUCUGAUUCUGACCUGACCUCUAUUCCACAAAAUGAAUGGUCAUCAGCAGCAGUAUUCUGACCUUGUGAAACACUUAUUAAGAUAGCCAUUUUUGACCUUUUGAUGUGUAGAGAGAACAUCGAAGUUACUCUAUGUAUGUGUUUGUCUGUAUUUCCAGGAUUUGGAAGGAGAACCAUCUCUCUUCCUUGUUUUUAUCGAUAUGCUGUAUGAAUGUGGCCUUAUGUCUUAGUUUGGCACCCCUUUAGGCAGAUUGAUUUUACAGAACCACCUCUAGCUCGUUUCUUAAUUGCUUUUUUCCUACAUUAACAGAACAUCUUAACGAAAACAGGAAAAAAAGAUGUAAGUCAUUUUCUUGCAUGAAUGGCUUACAAAAAUAUGCUGUUGUUUCAGACAAGCAGACAAGUUUUUAAUGUGUAAGAGGCUACUGAUGCCAAAACAAUUAUACUGACACGCAACAAAUACCACCAAGAAUUUCAUUUGGGUCAUAGGAGAUGCAUUGUACAGUGUUGGACAUUGUGUUUCUAUUGUGGACUUGUGCAGGAUGCGUUAUAGGUAGGUUUGGCUUUGCCAGUGUGGGUCUAACAGGGUUGAAACCAAAACCACAAAAGCCAAGAUUACAAGAUUUUACCCAUUGUCAUCAUUUACAGAUGAUAUAUUAGUUUUUUCUUUUCUUUUUUCUAAACUAAUGAGUAGAGUUUUCUAUAUUGUAUGUCAUAUUUCCAUUAGGCGCAAUUGUUUGUCUGUAUUGUGAGUUUACUCUUCUACAGUCUAGAUGGAAUCUAGGUACAGUACUGUUAUUUAUUUUUGUGUGUUUUUCUUUGCAUUUUGGGGGGUUUGUCUUUGGUGUGGAGGAUGUUCUCUUCCUUUAUCCAUUUCCUUCACUCACACCCCUGCAUUGACAAAGUUGACUUUUCUGUAUAUAAAAUGUCACAGAGGAUGGAGGAGAGUACAACAACUCAAAGAGAUGUACUCAGCAAUAGACAGACUAAGAGACAGGACAAAGUAUUGGGAAACUGUUUGAAAAGAUGAACCCACCAACACUGUGGUACUCGUGUACUGUCUGUUCAUCCGUGUCCACACAUCGCACAAACAAAACCCUGAAAGCCCAACAAUAUUAUACAUCGACACUGAACAAAAUUAUAAACACAACACUAUUGUUUUUGCCACCAUUUAUCAUGAGCUGAACUCAAAGAUCUAA